AUGUUAGCAAAUCAACAAAGUGACAUACCUCCAACAAGCAGUGUCAUACAAUCUCAUGGAGUUGAUGACCGGAUACUGUCAAAAGAAUAUAAUGAAUUAUCCUCAGAGUUGAUUGUUUUGAAUCGUAAGAAGUACGAGUUGGAGGAAAAAGCGAAACGAGCAGAAAAUGAGUUGCAGCAGUCAUAUGAAAAGAUAAAAUCGCUUGAAAAUGAGCAGCGUAGAACGGAUGAAGAAAUAUGGCUUGCUAAGGAACGUGUUGCCAAUCAGGAUCGUGAAUUGCAAGAUCUACAUGGUCAAUGUUCUCGGUUAGGUGAUGAAAAUGCUCGAUUGCGGAAUGAGUUAGAAGAGGAGCGGAGGAAGCAUGCUGAAAGUGGUGGCUUUGAUUGGACCAAAAUUGAUGAAAUGAAGAAAGUAGAAGAUACGUUAAGAGACGAAAAAAGUAAGGUAGAAUGGCGAUUAGGUGAAGUGACACAGUAUUGGAAUGAUGCAAAAUGGAAAAUCGGUGAAUUAGAAGCCGGUAUGGCACACAAGGAAUGGCUAUUGGAUCAGGCGCAUCAGAAAAUAUUCGAACUGGAUCAGUUGUAUCGAUUCCGUGAUACGACAAAAGAUAUAUUGGAUGGCACAUUCCUGAUUAAGAAGCAACCCGCUGGUGAUAGAUAUAAAUGGCGUCUAGCUAUGUGGAAUGAGAGUUCACCGGAAGAUUUGAAAGAUUACCGAAGAAUAUGGUUUGAAAUUAGAGCGCCAGCAGCUAAAAUUGUAUUAUUAAGUGCAAGUUUCGUAAGUUGGGAAUGCUUUUUAUCAUGUCAACAGUUGGACAAUGACGCUGAUAAAUUUGGUGUUUGGGUUGAUAUACCACCAGGUCGAUAUGAAUUUCUAUUUGUUGUGGAUGGACAUUGGGCAUUAAGCGACAAUUACGCAACUUGUUGGAAUGAGCACGGAACGCACAACAAUUGGCGGCAUGUUGAUUAG